AUGAAUAAAGAUGAUGUUAUAAAUUUCUUAUAUCCUACAUCUGAAGAAGAAAAACCUAAAGAACCUGAUGUUUUCCCUGAAUAUUAUGAAGAACGAAUUAAAGAUGAUGAAUACAAUGAAAUUGAAAGACUGGAAAAAAUAAGAGAUGAAAUAGAUGAAAAAAUUAAGGAAUUAAGAGAAGUUGAAAAAUAUAAUGAAAAUGAAGUAGAGGGUUUAAUGAAUAUCCCAGCUUCAGAAUCAGAAGUUCAGAAAUCUCAUGAAGAAAGAUAUAAAAAUUAUGUCUCAGAAUCAACACAAAAUUUAUUAGAUGGUGAAAUAGACGAAACACUUUCAGAAGAAGGUACUAAAUUUAUUCGUAAACAUAAGUUACAAUUUAUUGAUAAUGAAGAAUACCCCUGUAUCUUACUUUCACCACCUUUAGAUUCCGAAAAUUCAAAAAAGCUCUUAAAAACGUGA